AUCGCGAGCGUUAACUGCUACACAUAUACACACAUAUAUACAUAUUAUAUGUAUAUAUAAAAACAAUUCGUAACUAAAGAUAAGCAUAAAUUGUCCCAAUGUUAGGCUCGUUGUUUUUGUUGGCCUUCGCCUGCCUGUUUGUCAUUGGCAAUGGCGAUCUGGAUUUGUGGCGCGAUGUGCGGAGGCCGGAGCAUCAGGCUCUGUUGCAGAAACUGAACGAGGCACACUCGACAGCCAGACCAGCAUAUUUAGCCCCAACGGCGCCGCCGCCGCCCCUGCCACAGUAUUUGCCUAGCGUUCCCGCUAUGGCUCAGUCUGUUGCUGCCUUUCCGAGCAUCGAAUACGCUGGCUCCAGUUCGGGCAAUGUGGAUGUGGCCGCCUCGGAUGACAUCGCACGCAACGUACUCACUUUCGCGCAGAAUCUCUCCAAUCAGAUCAAUGCCAACUAUCGAAAGACAGUGAUUUUUUCACCACUAAGCAUUGUGUCUGCGCUAGCUCUGCUACUGCUCGGCGCCAAGGGACGAAGCUAUUCGGAAUUGGUUACCGUCUUUGGUCAAACGGAUAUGGUUAAGCUUCACGAACAAUUCGGCUUGAUGCUGCAGGAUGUGCAGCAGCCAACUAGCCAGACGACGUCCCCAGUGCGUCAGCUGGAUGCGUGGCACAGCAAUAGCCUGCGCCGCAGCCUGCGCAACUAUCCGCGCAAUCGCCACGCCCCACAGGAGGUGCAUGUGGCUAAUGGGCUGUUCGUUAAGCACGGCUACAACUUGAAUCCAGAUUACAGACAAGCUGUCGUUAGCAUCUAUAAAUCGGAAUUGCAAAUGCUCGACUUUGCCAACAGUCCAGCGACGGCCAGAUACAAUAUUAACUCGUGGGUGGAGCAGCAAACUAAGGGCAAAAUUGAGAAUAUAAUCCCAGACGAUUUGCCGCAGGAAACGCGCAUUGUAAUGGCCAAUACCCUGUACUUUAAGGCUAUGUGGGAGAUCGAUUUCAUAGCCAGUGCGACGAAAGUUGAAAACUUCUAUCCCAAUGGCGAAGGCAGUCAGCCCGUGAUACCCGUCGAUAUGAUGGUCGGAGCCGGCGCGUUUCCCUACUACGAGGAUCAGCAGCUUGACUGUCGGAUCAUUGGAUUACCUUACCAUGGCAAUCUGACCACAAUGUAUGUGAUUCAGCCCAUGCGUUCCUCUGUGGAGCAGUUGGCAUAUUUGCAGCAGAGACUGAGUGCGGAUGCGAUUGAGAACAUGAUAAGCCAGAUGACAAGGCGAUCGACAAUUAUAGCUUUCCCCAAGAUGCAUCUCACAGAGUCCUUUAAGCUGAACACAUUGUUACAAUCGAUGGGAAUUGGCGGAAUCUUCAACCCAGUACAAAACGAUCUUUCAUUGAUUGCCUCAAAUGAACCAACUGUGCAGGCACCUCAAAUUGGACGCAGUUAUUCGGAUGGCUUGGGCAGUUUGCAACGUUUGGUGGCUCAACGGCAAUUGGCACAAUCGAGUAAGACACCCACGCCCCCCUCCGAUCUCAUUGUGUCCGAUAUUCUGCACAAAGUGGACUUUACGGUCAAUGAACAGGGCACCGAGGCGGCAGCUGCCACAGCAGCUAUACUGAAAAAAUCCGGUCCAGAGGUGCUGUUCCGGGCGGAGACACCUUUCAUAUUACUGGUGCGUCACGAUCUGACAAAACUGCCCUUGUUCUAUGGUAUGAUCAAUGAGCCACCCACAGCCAAAGCGAGUUUAAUGCAUAAGAAUUAGAGACUAAUCUAACUUCAUAAUUAGAAACUUAAGUAGCUAGCAAU